AGUGCUGGGCCACAGAACGUCACGAAACAAAGCAAAAAUACCCCAAGGCUCAUUUGCGGAGCGAGAAAGUGGCAAAUCCCUGAACUCCAACCCGUUGCUUGUCUUCUCUGCUCUCAAGGGCUCCUACGCUACGUUCGUGAGAACACAAGCCAACACACUCAAUAGCUGAAAUAUACGCUGCUUCGAUGUCAGUUUCAGAUAAUGAAUCCUGCCGUGGAACCGCACAGUCUUCAUCUACUGUGUCCCUCAAACGCAGUCACAGGAAGCGAGAAUCUUCCGCUUCUCCGGCGACUGCUGAACGCGCAUCGUUGCAGGCGACAACAACGCCAAGGCGUUACACCGAGGCCCACAGUCCUGCGGCUCCGUCUCGCGAUGCGAUUCCAUUCUCGCAUGGUGUGGGUUCGCCCUCGCGAACGCCGCGGAAGGUGGUGUACUUCGUUGACCACUCGGUUACAGCCAUCGCGUACGCGGAGGGUCACGUUAUGCGUCCGUCACGCGUGCGCGCGCUACACGCACUCGUUCACUCACUCGGGCUUGAUGGGGACGCGCACAUGACUGUGUGCCACGCCCGUCCUGCGUCCGCGGAGGAGAUGGGAGCGUUUCACCGUGGAGCUUAUUUGGAGUGUCUCCGACGCGCACCCGUGAUCUGCGGCAACCCACUCGAGGAAACCUCCCUCGCGUUUCAGAAGGAGUUCGACGUCCCUUUCGCCUCUCAGCACGGCGACUGCCCGCUAUUCCCUGAGGUUUGGUCACUCGUCUCUAGCCAAGCAGGGGCGUCGAUCGCCUGCGCGGAGGCGCUCAUACGGGGUGACGCAACGGUGGCCAUGAACUGGGCUGGCGGUAUGCACCACGCAGCCGCCGCCCACGCCAGUGGGUUUUGCUUUGUAAACGACAUCGUCCUGUGCAUCCGACGGCUGCUGCGACAUUACCAGCGCGUCCUGUACGUGGAUUUGGACGUGCAUCACGGCGAUGGCGUCGAGGGCGCCUUCUACGGCAACCACCGCGUCAUGACACUCUCCCUGCACCAAUUUGGCAAUGGUUUUUUUCCUGGCACGGGCGACUUUGCGAGCCGCGACUCCGCAGACAGCUUUGCGAUCAACGUGCCGCUGCCGACUCGCACCGGCGAUGCCGCCUACCUGCUAUCCUUUCGCACGGCGCUCUCGAGCGUGGUGCAGUGCUUCGACCCCGAGGCAGUGGUGGUGCAGUGCGGCGCUGACACCAUCGCUGGCGAUCUCAUCGGCCGGCUGUGCGUCACCACCUUGGCACACACCCAGUGCGUGGCGGACCUUCUCGCUCUUCGACUGCCCACCGUGCUGUUAGGCGGUGGGGGGUACCACGUCUUUCACACCACGCGCUGCUGGGCGAUUCACACCGCGACGGCGCUGGGGAGGACGGCCGCGCAGCUGCCGCUGUACGUCCCUCGUAGCGAUCCGUACUACAUGGACUACCGCAGGGAGUGUGUGCCGCACCGGCCCACGCUGCACGUCUUUCUCGACCCCGACGUGGACGAUCCUUUGCCGCUGCAGGAAAGCCUAGUCUACUGGCGUCAUUUGUGCCGUAGCAUUCAGUGGCAGAUGCGGGCGGCGCGGUUGGUGCGGCAACGUUUUUAUCGCACCAUCUCCGUCUCCCAGCAGCGACAAGCAGUGCUUCUUCGGCGGCUUGGGCCACAGAGUCAAACGGGGAAGCACGUCCUGGUUGUUGACAGCCGCAAGCGCGCACGCCCCGCGUCUGAAUUGCUUGACGAAGGCGGCAAGGUGAGAUGA